AGCCUGGGUUGCUUCGCCAGCGACUUCUCUUCUCUCUGCAACUUAUCGGUUUUCGGAACUCCUCACCUUUCCCCUGGAAAUGACAGCGACUCCGAUGGCCCUCAGACUCUUCUGAAGCUGCGCCUCCUAAAUGCGUGGGGGUCUUAUGGCCUCAAGAAUCCUACAUUAAUCUUCAACUACUGCACUCUUUGGAAUGAUGAGGAGGGUACUUUGAUUCAGGGCACGGCUCCUUCGGAACUCACGCGCCAUUUCUCUCCGCUUCUGCAGUUGGGUAGCGUUUACUUCGUGAGCAAUUUUCGCGUCAAGCCACCGGCCCCUUCGUAUCGUUCUUGCUCUCAUAAGUUGACCAUCAUCCUCUCUGCCGCUACACAGUUCGAAGACGUGACCCGUUCGUCACCUUCAUUCUGGCCGGAUGCGUUCGAAUUUACCCCGUUCAGCUCGCUUCAUUCCCGCAUACGUUCAUCGGUUUAUCUAACAGGUCUUGUACUGUAUUCUUUACGUCUCUUGCUGUCCGUUCUGCAGUGUACUGCUUAC